AUGAGUUAUGAUGAUGAUGUUUGGAUAGAAGAUGAAAAGAAGUAUAUAAAAUCGAAAGGGUAAAUGAAGAUAAAUCUUCGAAUAGAUUAAGGGUUGAUCCUUUGGCAAAUGAAGGACUAUAAGAUCUUCUUGUAUCAUUAUUUAAAUGGAAAUCAUAGUUGCUAUCAUAUCGAAAUGAAUUCAAUUGAAUAAAUAUACACCUAAAUUGGUUCACCAAAUAUUAUCGUCAUAUUAGUGUCGAUAAAUCCUUAUAUUUUUCUAUCUAAUAUUUGUAAUCAAGAAACCCUUGCUUAUUAUAGAAUAAACUAGGAUAAUAUCAAAAAGGAUUAAAAACAAGUACCUGAGAGAAUGAGUUUGAACCUCAUUUAUUUAAAAUUACAUAACUAUCAUUCGACUAAUUUUUUGAGAUUCCAAUAUAAGAAAAGUGGAUCAGGGAAACAGAAUCAACAAAAAUACUUUUAAAUUAUUUAGCUGCAGAAUCAAAAAGUGGCUUAUUUAGAACAAUUCAACAAGGGAAAACCAUUGAAUAGUAAAUAUUUGCUUUUAAUCCUGUUCUAGAAGCAUAUGAAUGACAGGUUUGGAAAAUUUAUGCACUAAUACUUCAAUUCAGAUACGAAAAGAGUCAGUACAGCUAUAAUAGAUAAUUAUUUAUUAGAGAAAAGUAGAGUUGUAAAGAUUAAUAACUAAAAAGGAAUUAUCACAUCUUUUAUUAAAUUAAAAGAACUUAUAUCCCCUUAAUAAUUUGAAUAUUUAAAAGAUGGUGAUCUACCUUAUCAAAGAAAUGAAAAAUCAGAAAUCUAAGAAACAGAUUUAUAUAUAUAUUUAUCAAACUAUUGCUGGAUUGUUAAAUCUUAGCAAUGUUAAAUUGAUUAUGAUUCUUCCAAAUCUAAAUUGGUACUAGAUAAUUCACUUAAAUUAGCAUCCUCACUAUUAGGAAUUCUAAUUUAAGACUUAGAAGAUCUCAUAUGCAAAGAGAUAGUGAUUAAAAAUAAUAAUUUGGAAAGUGCUUAAAGUUCCAGAGAUACUCUAGCAAAACAUGUUUAUGAAAAGCUAUUUAAUUAGUUAAUAGAGAAAAUUAAUUAGCUGCUAUUAAAGACAUCAAAUCUUUAAGUUUUUAGAAUUAUAGCAACCCUAGUUCUUUAAAUACAUGGAUGGGUAUUUUAGAUAUAUUUGGAUUCGAAAUAUUUACUGAUACCAACCAAUUACAUAAGAAUAAUCUUGAUUAAUAUAAUAUUAAUUUUACAAAUGAAGAUUAGAGCCGCGUUUUAAUUAUCAAAUGUUUGUUGUGACAGAACAGGUAAGAAAUUUUUAAACUUUUAGGUGAAAAUUAAAAAAUUGGAUAGAAAGACUGAGUUGUUCAUGAAGUAACAUUUUCGAGAGUUUCUUAAUAUUAGACUAAUUGAAUUUAGAUUAGAAAAUUUUGUGAAAAUUAAGAAAUAAUUCAGAAUUUAUAUUAAUAUCAGCACAAUUAUAUAGAAGUUAUAAGUAAAAUUGCAUAAUAAAUUACUAAAGAUUAAAAGAGCAAUAAGAAAAUUGUUAUUUAAAAAAGCAAUAGAAAAAAGAAUUAAAUUGAUGAGAAAAAUCAAUGCCCUCGUAUCUUAAUGCACUGAAGUUAAUCAAAAAUUAAUAAAAAAAGUUUCAUUAAAUUAAUGGAAAAUUAAAAUUCAUGAACUUAUAGCUCUGAGAGAGGAAAGGUUAUUAGGAGGUGUGGAAACUAUUAAUUAAUAAAAAUAAUUUUUUGAAAUCAACUGA